AUGAACAUUGAUUAUGUUAUGGCGGGCGUACUCGUGUUCUCACUAAUCCUGGAUUUGGUGACGCUGUUUAAGCUCAGGAAAUUUGUCCAAAGAGGAGACAAGAAACGCAGAGCCGACCGGAAACUUACUGUAAUGUUGAUCGUGACCCACAUCAUCACGGCUAUAUUCUUGAUUGGAAAUUCGAUUACCCGAUACCUUCGACCGACUCUUGUUCUUACCCCGGUGCUUACGUAUAUCUGUAAUGAGGGGGCCCCAGUUAUUGGGCAUAUCAUUUUCACUCUCGUCGUCACCUACUUCAACCGUACUCCUCGCGAAAAUUCCAAGAAUCCGAAGAUUAUCAGCGUCACCGAGUCGGGGCGUGAUCAGUCUAGCCCGAGGAAG